UCACGCUAUCACGCUAUCACGCUAUCAUAGGAUAAGAAUAUUAAUUGUUAGACGGCAUAUUCUUUGUUUUUGUGUAGAGAGUGUGCGAAGCCGUAAACGCUUCUCCGAAAGCCGUCCAUAUUUUAUUCCAAAAGGAUGUCAAUGAAAGCUCUGUAUGUUGAAGAGUUCGGCGACUCGUCGAAGCUAAAGUAUGGUGAGGUUCCCAAGCCAGAACCCGCAGAAGGAGAGGUAAAGAAGCUCAAAUCCAUUUCUUCCCACCCUUGAACUGUUUCAGCGUUUGCACCUACUUUCAUGUGUGGUACUGAUGGAUAAUUUCGGGGUCUUCAAUUUUUAAUGACCAUGUAAUUAGAGCUAACAUAAUUUUGUUGGAAGGGAUCAGCUUUCACGACAAACCUGAUCUAUAGAGGAUUCUCAAAAAGCAAAACAUACUAAGCUAAGCAGAGGGAGCCCAUUAAUUAGCAAGAUAAUGAUGAUGACAGUGCAAGUUUAUUGUUUAUCUACCCUUCUCUAUUUGGAUGAGUUAUCGCAUAUCUGAUUAUGUCAAAGUCUGCAGUUACAAACCACCCCGUUCACAUGCUAUAAUCUCACAAGAUGCUUUGAUAAAAAUGGAUGAGAGAAUUUCUUAUAUAACCAAAAACUUUCAAUGAAGUGCGGGAUUGCAUAAAUUUCAUUUAGUUUGUAACAGCUAGAGAACGAGGCUUUACAAAAAUUUUUUGCAUUGUCAUUACUGAUAUGUAAAUUAGCAUUUAAAGUGUUUUCGGCAUUCCUGUAUCUUAGUGCAGUUAAUCAAUCUCCCAGUUGCUCAGCCAUACAAAUGAAUUAAGGGGGUAAGUUUUUAAAGAACCUGUAGUGCUGCGUCGGUGGGAGAGUAUAGCAAGGUAAUUUAGUGUUAUCAACUGAGUUGAUAACGUAGAUUGGCCACCGUAAAGAGUUUCACAGCUGACACUGUUUCGAGCCUUAGCCCUUGGUUUCGCUCUGACGAAUGGCUAACGCUCGAAACGUCAGCUUUGAAGCUCUUUGCGGUGGCCAAUUUACGUUAUCAACUCAGUUGAUUAUACUAAAUUACCCUGUCUCAGCCAUACAAUUUGAUAAAAUUUAAGUCUUAUGUUCUAAUCAUUUUUUUAAAAGCUUAUUUUAUAUAAACAUAUAUAUACAUGUAAUUUUCUUAUGAUUGGUUUUAUGUUUAAGGACAAUUCAAGUGCUUGUAAAAUUUUUUCUCUUUUUCGGCUUGUGUGCCCUCACUUUAACCAAUUCUUUUACAUGUUUGUGGGAAAGACCGCAACGAAGUGGUCUAAUUUAACAACAUUAGGAUGUCCUACAUCCUCCCUCUACGUUUCUGCUUCCCAGAAGUUGUAGUAUUUGCAUGAAGUUUUAUCAGGUAUGAAAUAAAUCAUAGUAUGUAGCUUGAGAUUUAAAAUUGUUUUAUGUUAUUUUCAUACUAGGUUUUGGUAAAAAAUGAGAUUUGUGGCUUGAACUACCUGGAAGUCAUGAUGAGGGAUGGUUAUAUACCUCUCGAAGCUUUAGGAUCCGGUUUUCCUUUGACAAUGGGAGUGGAGGCUGCUGGAACAGUCGAAAAAAUCGGUGCAAAUGUCAUUGGUGUAACUAAAGGAGAGAGAGUGGCUUAUGCAGUUGUUGGAUCUGGUAAAUAAGUGAUUUACACAUGGAUGCUUUAGAAUGCUCUUGAGUAAUCGCCUCGUAUAUCUGAUCACCUCUCAUAAGCAACCAUUUUCUAGAAUACCAAAAUUGUGCAUGUGAGUGCAGAGACGAUGGGUCGACCUAGGUUUUUAGGUUUGUGGAUUUUAGGUAAAAAGUAAAUAUACGAAGUGUACUGUAUUUACACGAAACCUGAACUCUACGGUCGCUACAUUGACGACUGUAUCAGCGCUACCUCUACCAGAGUGGAGCCCACUCAGUUUAUAAGCGCCAUCAAUUCCUUUCACCCGGCUCUGAAAUAUACAUGGGAAAUUUCCGACACUUCUUCGGCUUUUCUAGACAUCAAAAUAUCAAUUGAGGGCAACGUUCUAUGCACUAGUGUUCACAACAAACCUACAGAUUCACAUAGUUACUUGUUGUAUUCAUCUUCACAUCCACCACACGUCAAGAAUUCCAAACCUUUUUCACAGUUUCUCAGACUUCGUCGUUUAUGAAGUGACGAAUCUGAUUUUUCCGAAAAAAUCACAGGCCUUGAGCCAGUUUUUCGAUAAGCGUGGCUGUCUUGUUUCUGUCAUUUAAGUAGGCCACCACCGCGCUCAACAAAUUGAUCGACAGUCAGCACUACAAACGGCUGAGAAGGAAAAUACUGAUCACAUUCCAUUCACUAUCACAUUUCACCCUCACAAUCACGCAGUUAAAUCUAUCAUUCUUAAAAUCUUUAAAUUUCUUAAUAACGAUUCAGACUGGUUCUAUCUUUUCGCAACCUCCAGCAAUUUCAUUAAAAUGUGACAAAAACAAAGGCAACUUUUUGGUCACUGAAGUUCAUUUCAAACCAAUGACCAACCUGGAACUUUCAAAUGCGCUCGCUCACCAUGCAAAACUUGUCCUUUCAUUCAUAACGUAGAGAAAAUGUCGGGACCUAAGAGAUCCAUGAAGAUCACUGAUCACUUCACGUGUUCCUCCGCCAAUGUCAUCUACUUCAUAACUUACGCUUAUUACGAAAAGUUAUACAUUGGUGACACAGGAAGACGACUGGGUGACCGAUUCUGAGAACACCUUCGCGACGUAGAAAGAAAUGAAAAGGACGCAUCCAAACCAGUCACGAGACACUUUAAUCUCCCUAAUCAUUCUAAGCAGCAUAUAGCAGUUUGCGGCCUUUCCCUUCAUCUAGGCAGUUCAGAAAACCGCAAAACUCUAAAACAAAAGUUUAUCUUUCCAAUCUGCACUCUUAAUCUUCACGGUAUCAACGAGCGCUUUCCAUUCAAUCAAUUUUUUUUCGUCGCCAUAUUCCCACUAAUAACGUAGCUCCAUUUCCUGCAUACAAACCCACACACAACCCAAAAUUCCUCCGAUCACUCUGACGAGGGGCUAACGCUCGAAACGUCAGCUUUUAAACUCUUUAUGGUGACCGAUUUACUUUAUCAACUCAGUUGAUAAUACUAAAUUACCAAGCUUAAACUAGUUAGGUUAACUGUUUUAACUUAGAAGUGCUCCUAUGGUACCUACAAUAGUUUCUUGAUCAUUUUAAUCAUCAGGAGCACAUGCUGAAUAUGCAAAAGUGUCAGCAUCAAGACUGGUAAAAGUUCCAGAUGAGAUUAGUUUUGAGCAAGCUGCUACAUCAAUGAUUCAGGGGUUGACUGCGCAUUACCUGGUGCAUACAACUGGCAGAGUGAAGCCUGGUGACAAGGUGCUGAUUCAUGCGAUCUCUGGAGGGACUGGGUCUCUUGUGUGUCAAGUGGCAAAGAACAGAGGUAAAAAACAGCAUCAGGUUUGCAAAUUGGAGAUUUUUAGUGGAACCUCUUUUAUGGGGUUACUCUCUUGUAAAAAUAGCAAGACAGUAUCACUCCCAAGUACUCUUCAAGUGACGCUCUUUGAAGGUAGUUCGUAGGGAAACAUGACAUUGAAUAGUGAGCUUUUUAGUAAGAAAAAUCAAAGCAUUAUGCAUGACACUCUGGAAGUUUACUUUCAUGCUAGUUGACUUGGUGAAGUCAGUUGUGCGAGGUAAAUGAAAUAGGCUCCUCUAAAUUUGGGUUGGACUGCUGUUUGUCUAUCUAAGUUAUUUAGUCAAUUGUUCACUCAUUUUAAAUAAGAUUUAAAAAGUGAAAUUAAUUUGAGGCCAAACAAAGUUCGUUAAUUAUUUCAAUUUCAAAUUUUUUCAGGAGCGUUUGUGAUUGGGACAACCAGCACUGAGGCCAAAGCAGCAAAAGCAAGGGAGGCCGGUGCUGAUGAGGUUAUUCUUUACUCACAGAAAGAUUUUGCAGAGGAAGUCAACAGGAUAACUGAUGGAAAAGGGGUUAAUGUUAUUUACGAUGGUAUUGGAAAAAAAACUUUUGAGAAAGGUAUGAUGUGGAUCACAUAUCAAAAAGGAUAUUUGAUUGAUCUUUUUGGCUCAAGUAAAGGCGCAAUUCUCUGACUUAUCUCAAAUCAAAAUUAGAGCAGUGGAGUUGUCUACCAUAUAUUGUAUGAUGAGGUGAAUUAAGAACGAAACACGGCUCUAACUUAUGAGGUUUUGGAGGACAGACUCACAGAAUAAUGUCACCAUUAACAAGAUUGUGCUUGAUAUUUACAUAAAAUAAAUAUAUUCCAUGUUUCCGUGCCUCUAUUCAGUUUUAGGUCACAGAAGAUACCAUGAUGUGGGAAGAACAUCAGUGGCAGUCUUGGCUUUGCCUCCUCUGCCACAAUUUUUUUUACUUCCUUCAUUCUGAAGUCUCUGAUUUAUUACUGAGCAGACACACACACGGCAAUUAACUUGGAAUAUAUUUCCUAAAGAGGUUUUGUCCGAUGUGAUUCAGCAACAAAUCACAAAUUAAUCAAAAAUGACUCUUUUGGGAUAUAAAUAGGAAUCCUAACGUAAGAAAUGAACUCUCAGCCAAUUUCGAUUUUCUAGCAUUUGCACCUCGCCGUCUAAUUCUCGCACAUCUAGAAUAUUUGCAUCACUUGAAAGCUUUUCAGUGCAGUUUUAAAUAAUAUCUCGAGAUAACAAAACCAGAGAAAUCCCAAUGGCCAAUCAGAAUUAAGUGUAACGUCAUCAUUAACCAAUGAGAAGUCAGUGUAUACAAGCGAAGUGCCAAAAGUGCUGGAAAACGCGGUUGAGCAAGUCGCGCUUGGUUUUAGUUUUGCAUCCGAUCGAUCGAGUUGUAGACCCAAGUUUUUUGAACCAAUCAGGGACGUUGUGAAGCAAAAUAAAUGCAGUCCUGGAUUACUUUCAUUACUCAAUAGAGUCAAUAGAAAACGGCUCUUAUUUUUUUGUCACGCUUCUUUAUCCCUUCUUUAAAAGCCUGCGAUUAAGCGUUCUUUGACAGGAUGAACCAAAGCUGGCGGGUGUUUCUCCAAAAAUGCUUUUUUUA